AUGUCCUCUGAAAUACCACAAGAGGCCCAGUAUGAUCUGGAUCCUUCUAUCCCUCAUUACACAAAAGAUGGAUUUGCCACACCACACCACGAAAAACAAUCCGUGUUUAAUCUGGAAUUCCUGAAUAUUUUUGCUUCCUCUACUGCACAGAGCCACACUUGUAAACAUCAAGGUCUAAAAUUUGACCUGGCUCAAUUUAUGGAGGCCAUAGCAGAAGUAGGGGUUGCAGACAAUUUUUUAAGUGUCAGGUCAGGCAUAUUGCCCACGGAUAGAUUAGCGAUCCAUGAUGCCUUCACAUGCAGGCAUAAGGUCCUGCUGUCGGAGAAGAAGAUACAAGAGCACAGCUUCUUGAAGCGCAAAAACCUUCUAAUACCUGGUGCAUGGAGGGUUUUCAGGGCUCAGCACUUCCAAUCUGGAGAUGGACAAUCCGGACACCAGGUCUUUUGGAAGAUUUACGAGUCAGAUGGAGAUUCUACAACAUUCUUGGACAGCAUCAUUCAAAAUGUGCUAAGCAAAAUAGAUGAUGAGUUGGUUGUUCUAUAG